CCUUUUGUCACUAUUCGUUAUCUAUCUGUCUUCUCACUGACUUCAAAUCAUUUUUAUACAUAUCAAGUGAUCAUAUCAUAUGUACCUAAUUACCUCUGCGAUUCAGAAUCAGUAGUCAGGGAAGGUUUCUUGCAGAGAAAAGAACUGUUUUGAAACCAUAAACCUCCAAAUCCUUGCUUCUCCCAGAUUCAAAGACUCUUUCCUGCAUGAGAUAUGGAUACUGUAGUAGUCAUCACCCAAGAACCAGUGUUUACAAAGACAAGUGUGGAAGAAGCUCAUGCAGGAGUACUAGUUGACCACUCAACCAUGGACAUAGAUAAAGUAAACCUGAGUACGGUUCUUGCUGAGGUUGUAAAUGGUUCAGGUAUUCAGGGGGAACCAGAAGUUGCUGAGGUUGUAAAUGGUUCAGGGAAUAAAGAAACCGAAGAUUCAACACACGAAAAAGAAGAAGUGAUGAAGACUAUUACCGUUGUAGAAGACAGGAAGAUCGUCAAAGAGAAAGAAAGUGAGACAGAAACGGAUGAACAAGGCACAGUCUUUGUUCAUGAACCCAAAAACACAGACGAUGCGAAGAUAAUCUUAACUGAUGUGACUUUAGAGAAGGGUAAAGAAGAUGAAACUACCCAAAAACCAGAAGAGGUAAGUGUUGAAAAACCGGUGAUAGAAGAAGGUCAAACAGAAAGCAAGAACUCAAAAGAACAAGAGAAGGACAUCUCUAAGGCCAUUGAAGAGAUACCGAUAAAGACUGAUGAAGUAACAGAAGAAAAAGAUUCAAAAACUGUUGAGACCUCUGUAAAUGGAACAGAGGCUGAGCACCAUGAAACCGUUUCAGUAGAAGAAAUCUCGAGGAACCUCGGUGAAAACCUUGUCAAAGAAACAGCUCCGGAACAAGAUGUUGAAACUACAGAAAGAGUCCUUGUUGAAGCAGAAAAAGAUGAAACUGAGACUGUAAAAGACCCUGAGAUCGUUAAUAAUGAAGAAACUACAGUUCAUGACCUGAAAGAGAAUGAAGACACAGUGGAAGCAAUCAAGAACUCAGAUGAGGUGACUGGAGACAAAGAAAAGGAAGAUGACAUCAUCCACAAAGAAGAAGAGGUGCAAGAAAUUCUUACGGUUGUCGAAACGCCUACAAUAGAGAUAAAGGACACUGAAUCCAAAGCUUCAAAGGAGAAUGAGGAACAUGAACAAGUGUUGGUGAGAGACAUACCACAAGACGAUACCCUUGUACUUACAGAUGAGACUGAAAAUAGUUCAACAGUACAAGAAUCUGCAAUCUUGAAGAUUUUGGAGACGAAGAGUGAUGAAACAGAUGCAGAACCGGGUCUUGACCUGAAAGAGGAAGAAGAGACCGUCACGCCAUCUGAUGAGGUGCAAGAAACUAUUAACGUAGUAAUCGAACCGCCAAAACCCUCACCAGAACAAAGAUCCAAAGGUACUGAAGAAGAUGAACAUGUUUUGGGUAGAAACAUGCCACAGGGUGAAGCUGAGUCUCUGGUGACCAAAGAAGACACAGAGCAAGAGAAAACAGACAAGUUUGAAGUUCCAGUAGAUCUUGCAUUGAAGGUAGAUAGAGAGGAACUGAUGGAUGAGAAGAAAGAGACAGAUCAAGCUGCUGGAGCGCAGAUUUUGGAGAGAGGUCUAGCAUUGAAUGAGUCAGAGGCAGAGGAAACCUCCGUUAUAAAGCAUCCGGAUGUAGAAUCAGGUGAGCUGAUGGAGAAGCCAUCUCUUGAGUCUCCUUCUAAAGUAUCAGAGGAAACAAGAAAAAUAUUAGAUGAGAAGAUCCAAGAAAAACCAGAAGAGGAAGAAGAAGAAGAAGUAGCACCACAUCAAGAAGACCAAGAGGAAGGUUGUUAUGGAUCAGAGACAGUUCCAGUACCCGAAAGUAUUGAGGUUAAAGAAAGAGCCCAAGAAGAAAGGAUGCUUGAUCUGGCUCCUUUGCAAGAUGAACAACUUUCAUCUGCGUCACCUGAAGGUGAGACCCUUGCUGAAUCCAAAAAGAUUGAAGUAGUAAAAGCCAAUGAGGAAGAAGAAGAAGAAGUACCAGACAAGAUCCAAAGCAUUCUUGAGACAGUUGAUAACGAACCUGUAAAAUCUAGUGAAGAAACUACAGUUCAUGAAUCUAUAAGCUUGAAAGAUGAUUCAGACCCAGUGGAAGCAAUCAAAAACUCAGAUGAUGCAGAGCAAGCCUCACAUGAGGUGACUGGAGACAGAGAAAAGGAAGAGGACAUCACCAUCCACAAAGCACAAGAGAUGCAAGAAAGUCUUACGGUUGUCGAAACGCCGACAAUUCAGGGCGAGGACAUUGAAUUGAAUGCUUCAAAGGAUAUUGAGGAACAUGAACAUGUGUUGGUGAGAGACAUACCACAAGAGGAGACCCUUGUACCUAAAGCUGAGACUUUAAAUACUUCAACAGUACAUGAGUCUUCAGAACCAAGUCUUGACCUGAAAGAGCAAGAAGAAACCGUAAAGACUGUCACACCAUCUGAUGAGGUGCAAGAAAGUGUUACGUUUAUGGAACCGCCAAAACUCUCACAAGAACAAAUAUCUAAAGAUACUGAAGAAGGUGAACAUGUUUUGGGGAGUAGCAUGCCACAGGUUGAUAUCAUUCCAUCAGAUCUUGCGGUAAAGGUAGAUAAAGAGGAGGUUAUGGAUGAGAAUAAAGAGGCAGAUGAAGUUGCUGGACGUCAGAAUAUGGAGAGAGGUCUAGAAUUGAAUGAGUCAGAGGCAGAGCUUGUUGAUCAAAACAUAACCGAUGAAACAGAGAAAAGGUUGGUUGAGAAGCCAUCUCUUGAGUCUCCUUCAGAGGCAACAAGCAAAACCUUAGACGAGAUGAUCCAAGAAAAACCAGAAGCAGAAGUAGCACCGCAUCAAGAAGGUCAAGAGAGCGUUUCACUACCAGAAAGUAGUGAGGUUGAAGAAAAAGCAAAGGAAGAAAGGAGUCUUGAUCUCACUCCUUUGAAAGAAGAAUCAUGCUUGCCAACGGCGCAAGACGAAGAAGAAACAAAAGAGCAAAUCCACAAGCAUGAAGAAGUCGAAUCUGAUGAAGUUACACAAGUUUCAUCUGCAUCACCUGAAGGUGAGACUGAUGUUGAAGCCAAACAGAAUGAAGAAACAAAAGCCAAUGAGGAAGAAGAACAAGUAGCAGACAAGAUCCUAAGAAUAGAUGAGAGUAAUGAAGUAAAUGAAGAAAAAUCUGCUGAGACCUCUGUGAAUGAAACAGAGGAUGAGCACAGUGCAACGGUUUUAGAAGAAGGUAUCUCAAAGAACAGUGAGAUCAUUGUGCAUGAAACAGCUUCAGAAGAAAUCAAAAACUCACAUGAGGUGACUGGAGACAGAGAAAAGGAAGAGGACAUCAUAACCCUGAAAACAGAAGAGACACAAGAAAGUCAGAAUCUUCUGUUACAAGAAGAGAACACUGAAUCAGAAUCUUCAAAGGAUACUAUUGAACAUGCACAUGUGCUGGUAAGGGAUGUGCCACAGAUUGAUACUCUUGUAACUGACGCGGAGGAUGCAAACACUUCUUCAACUGUCCACAAGUUCGAAAGUAAUGAAGCAGAGGUAGGCCAAGAGACAAGAAAAGACAUAGAACCGAGUUUUGACCUGAAAGAGGAUAAAGAAAAAGAGGAAAAAGAGACAGUCAUUUCAUCUGAUGAGGUGAGACCUUCUGAUCAAGUUGAUGAUGAUGUUCAGACAGAAGAAUCUGUUGAGGUUAAAUCUAAGGAGACCCUUCAAGUCGAAAGCACUGAGGAGAAGCAUGAGAAUCUUCUUGAUGUGCUCUCUGGAGAUUCUGACAAACUCCAAACCGAGACAGUCCUAGCAGCCAAGACAGAAAGCCAGGAUACAACUGAAGAGAUUCCAUCAGAACUUGUGUUGAAAGAGGAGCUUAAGGAUGACAAGACGGAGGUAGAUGGAACUCAAGUUAUGGGAGAACAGAGAGACCUAGAACUGCAUGAGCCAGAGGCAGAACAAAUUGAUCAAACCAAAACCGAUGAAAAGCUUCUUGUAGAAUCAGUUGAGAAGAUGCAGACUUCAUCUCUGGAGCGUCCUUCUGAAGAAGAAGAAGUAACACUGCAACAAGAAGGUUCUUCUGCCUAUGGAUUAGAGAUAAAAGAAGAGGAACAGGAAGGUGAGAUCAUUGUUGAUGCCGUAAAGCUAGCAAAUGAAGAACAAGUAGUAGAAGAAAUCCAGAGAAGUCUUGAGCCUAUAGAGCCAGAGGAGCAAGAACAAGAAACUGUUUCUGAGAGGACAGAAGAUGAAAAAGUGAAGAAGGAAGAACCUAUUGUUGAGGAGGAUGGAAUAAACAGCCAUUUGACUGAAGAGGCAAAGAAAGGAGAUGAGGAGACAGAAGUGAGCGACACGCAACAAGGUGAGACCAUUGUAAAUGAAGCUGAGGCUGUAGAUACUUCAACAGUCCCAGAAGCUGCAGUAUUAAACACAUUGGAGACAAAGAUCAAUGAAUCAGAGGCAGUGCAUAGCCCAAUAGAAGAAGAAACACAAGUGACAAAAGAAGACACAGAACCAAGACUGGACCUGAAAGAGGAUAAGGAACAAGAGACAGUCAUUUUAUCUGAUGAGAGCCAGGGAAGAGAAGAGUCUGAUGAGGUCAAAUACAAGGAGAAGGAUGCAAAACUUCUUGAGAAGAUGCAGAGGCCAUCCCUUGAAUCUCCUUCUGAACUGUCAGAGGAAACAAGCAAAACUGUUGAUGAGAAGAUUGAAGAAAAACAAGAAGAAGAAGAAGAAGUAACUCUGCAUCAAGAAAGUGAAGAGAUAGUAACAGUUCCAGAAAGUAGUGAGCUUGAAGUACAAGCCAAGGAAGAAGAAGAAGAAGAAUCAUGCCCAACAAAUGAGCAAAAAAAUGAAACGGAAGAGCAACUGAGUGAAGAAGAUAGUACUAGUGCACAUCAGACUCCUGUGGAAGAAAAAUCUGAUCAAGCUUCAGCUGCACCACUUCCACAGGAACGGGAAGCCGAAAAGAUUGACGACAUGAAAGAAAAUGAGGAAGAACAAGUAGCAGAGGCUGUUGAACCUCAUAGUUCAUUUCUAGAAGCUGCGAAGAUAGAAGAAGAAGAAAAAGUGAAGGAGACAGAAACGAUGGGAGAUACGGGAACAGGAUCCUCUAAACUGGUUGAAGAGGAGAAGCUGAAGCAAGGAAAAGAGAUACUUCAAGCAGAAGAAGUUCCUUCUAGUGAAACAAUUCCACAAGUGAUGGCGGUUCAACUAAAAAGAGAAGAUAAUGCAACAACAGAAAGCCAUGAGGAAGAAGCAACGGUUGCACAGACAAGAGAUAUUGAAACUUCUUUGACUGAUAAAUUCUCUAUAGAUCAGGAGGAGGAGCAACAAGCCAACGAGGAAAGCCCCAGAGAUGAGCAGGAGAAGGUAAUUUCAGCAGGGGAAGGAGAAACACAAACAAGAGAGCUUGAAGAAGAAAAUAUGGUUGAGAAGAAUGAUAAUGAGACUCUAACUGCAGAGAAAAAGAAAGAAGAUGAUCUAACUGCAGAGAAAAAGAAAGAAGAUGAAGACAAAACAGUGGGUUUAGAUGCUUCAUUGACAUGCACUAAGCAAGAAGAAGAGUUUGAGAAUCUUGAAACCCCAAAGGUAGAGGACAAGAGCCAGGAAGUUUCCGAAUCUAAGGGUGAUGAGACUCCUCCAUCCUUUAUUUCAGAACUAGAAGACAAAAUUCCAAACCAAAUUAAGGAGAUUCAUGAAGAAGAAAUAAAGGAAGCUGAAGUUGUGGUUGAUCAAACUUCAUCCUUAGUUUCAGAACAAGUUGAAGAGAUUAUUCAUGAAGAAGAAGAAGAAACAAAGGAAUCACGCAAGGUAGAAGCUCCGAGUGGUCAGGAUCUUCCAGUUGAAGCAUCACAUGCACAUCAGACUCCAUCCACUGAACUAGUUUCAGAACUUGAUGAUGAAACUGCAAAGGAGGUUGAGGAGAUUCAUCAAGAAGAAACAAAUGCUCAUAAGUUACAACAAGAAGAAGAAAUCCUCCCUACUGAAAGUGUUCCAAGUGAAUCAUUCAGUGAAACACAGGAGGAACGGCAUGUUUCUGCAGUAACAGGAGAGAGUGUGGGAGAAACAAAACCAAAAGAAUCAGAUGAGACUUCAACUAAAGUCACAAAGGUAGAAGAUACAAAGGAUACUGAUACCCAAGUGGCUGAUAUAGUGAAAGGACAAAGCUUAUCACAUGCUCCUGAAGAUGCAUGCCUGGAGCAGGAAAAGUUGAAGGAUCUUGGAACUCCACAACCCGGUGCAGUUAUGGAAGAUCAAGAUUCUGUAAUGAACGAAAAUAGCUCAGAUGAAUUUACUUUCUCAAAGUCAAUGGGAGAGGCAGAGCAGGGAGAUGAAAAUAGCUCAACUCUUCCAGUUGUUGGAAUCUUGAAAGAACUCCAGACUACAUUGGAGGAGAAGGAGAGAGGAACCAAUGUUUCUCAUGAGGGUGACUCAAGUGGGAAUGAUUUGAAUUCAAUCAAUGCCGAACCAGAAGCCCUGGAGAAGAGUCUUGUCGUGGAGGCAACUCCAGCUUCUGAGAUAAUAGAAGCAAGCAUGUUACAAGACAGCAUAAGCAGGGAGCUUGAAGUCAAUGUAGAAGAGCAACUACAAGAAGAAGCUAGAGAGAUUCUAGAGUGUAAGGAAGAAACUCCAGCUGAUUCGUCACUCACAGAAGUGUUACCUGGUGAGAAAAUUAUGAUUCCAUCAAAUCAAGAAGAAGGAAAGAAACAAGAAGACGUAAAUGCUUCAACAUCAGAGAAGAUUAGCCUACAAGAAGAAGAGCAUCCCAGAGAUUUUGAAGUCUCUGAGAAGGAGCACAACGCAGAGGCUCAAGAAACUGCUGAAGAAGAGAUGAACGAGGUAUUAACAUCAGAGAAGAAAAUCACAGAGCCUCUUCUGAAUGUAGCUGAGAAAGAAUUAAAUGAAGAACAUGUUUCUCAAGCCGUAUCAGAUGAUGAUACAAAGAGCAGUAAUGAGUUGGAUUUUCCUUCAGAACAAAUACCAAAGGAUCAAAGAGAAGAGGCUGAAGAAACCUCAUUUGAAGUCAAGAAGGUACCAGAAGACAAAAACGAGGAAACUAUUGAUGCUUUGAUCACAAGCGAAAAAGUGCAACUGCAAGAUCAGUCCAAGGACUUUGGCCUAGAGAAACCGUCGACUGAUCUCAAAUAUGUCCAGGAAGAUCUUGACGAUGGCCAUGAUUCAGUUUUAGCACAUAAGAAAGAUUCAGACUUAAUAGAGGAGAAGAAGGAGGUUGAUUAUGUGAAGAGACAGCCGGAAGAUGCAAUCAAAUCCACAGAAGAGAAGAACAUCAUGUCUGAAAAAGUUGGCCAAGAAGCAACAAAGGAGAUCUAUCAAGAGGAGUGCAAGCAAACAGAUACUGCAACUACUAUCAAGGAAGAGAUCAAAGACGAAGAGAAGGAGACAACAGAGGAUAGUUUGAACAGUAUGAAGAACACCGAUGAUGAAAUUAAAGAUUAUGGCCUUGAUUCAGUUCUAGCACAAAAUAAAGAAUCAGGCUCAAUAGAAGAGAAGAAGGAGGUUGAUUAUGUGAAGAGAGAGGUUGAUGAUGCAAUUAAACAUGGAGUUUCCACAGAAGAGAAGAACAAGAUGCCUGAAAAAAUUGGCCAGGAAGCAACAAAAGAGAUCUAUCAAGAGGAGUGCAAGCAAACAGAUACUGUAACUGCUAUCAAGGAAGAUAUCAAAGAAGAAGAGAAGGAAACACCAGAGAAUUGUUUGAACAGUAUGAAGAACCACGAUGAUGCGACAGAGAAAACUCAACCAGAGAUUCAAGAGAUUGAGAAACUGUCUUCUGUCAGCGAAACACAAGAAAAAACACCAAAACAAGAAGAUGAAGUUCCAGCCCAACAGAAAAGGGAAAUAGCUGAUGAUGUUUCAAAGCUAGAGAAUCCAAAGAUUGAAGAAGAGAAGAAGCAAAAAGAUGGAGAAGAACCAGCUAGGAAGUCACUAUCAGACCUCAUCCAAAAAGUGAAAGUAACAGACAAGACCGAAGUUGCAACAACAGAACUUCGUAUCGACGAAGAGGCUAAGGCAGAGGGAGAAGAUGAGGAUGGAGAUGAACAUAAAGAUGAUAAAACAAGUCCAGAUUCCAUUGUGAUGGUUGAAGCUAAAGAUACAGUUAACAUCAUCAAAACGCAAAAGAAAUCACAUGGCAUUCUCUCUGGUGUUGGCUCAAAGGUCAAACAUUCAAUUUCAAAGGUGAAGAAAGCACUCACUGGGAAAUCUUCUCACACAACAAAGCCUUCAUCACCACAGUGAGAAAUCCAAAAACAAAAACAAACAAUAUCUAUAAUGGUUUCUGUAUAUUUUUCGUUUGUUGAUUGAUUUGAUUGGCUUUUGUGAAUAUUACAGAUUUGUUUGUGGGUUGUUCUUUUCAUAAUCUUUUUUCCAUAUAAAUUUCAGAAUGAACAGGUAUUAUUACAUU